AUUUUUCAGAAGUCAUACACGUUUAUCAUUGUCAGUAUUCUCUAAUCACAGUGACACGAAAUAACGACUUGAAUCACACUAUCAGAUCGUUCACACAACAUCGUGAUAUUGAUAACAAAAAUAGAAUAGAAAACAUUGAAUAAAAAGCAUUACAAUCUUGAAUCUGUUUGAAGUCUAAAAAGAAAAACGCUAAACAAAUAUCUACAAUGCUUUUUACUAGGAUAAAGAAAAUCGUAAGGCGAAUAUUCUAUUCGUCACAUUUCUACAUAGCUAUUUUUGUUUUUAUCACAUGCAUAUCAGUUUCUGUAAUAUAUAAAGCACCUUCAAAUGAUGAAGAUACUAAACUCAAUACAACAAAUAACUUGAUAUAUAAUAAAUCAAUAUAUAAUUUGGAUGAUGUGAAACAAAUACUGCUACCACGUUAUUCUAAACAUUCGGAAUGGGAUCAUAUUGCCAUAAAAGCUGUGAUAUCUACAUUUGCAAUAAUUUUUUUGGUGACAUUCUUGAUUUUAUGCAGAUGUUUCAUCAAAAAAUAUACUCCAACCAUAAUAAAUUUGUUCAUUCGCUUAUUCAAUCGUAAUGAAUCAGCUAGGAACAAUAACCCAGCUAGUCUUUAUCAAGACAUUUACCUAAAUGCUGAUACAUUAGAACACUCAUCACAGGAUGAAGUUUAAUUCGGAAAAUUAACAUUGAUAUUUAGCGCAUUACCAUAAUGCACAUAACUGUAAUAUUGAUAAGGCCUCUAAAAUUAAAACGUUAUGACGCCUGAUUCUCAUCUUCAAAUCGUUUAAACAUCGCAUAUGUUGUAAUACAUAAUUAAUUAUUAAGAUACUUUUUAAAUAAACUUUUUAAAUAAACAUAUAAUGUAACGACAAAUAGAAAAACUACUACUGCAUAAAUAAUUUUAACGCAAACCUAACUUUUAAAGAAAUUUAAAUCCA